AUGCGGUCGCGUGCGCCCCAAUUGGCUGGUUCAAUUUGCCAUUGCGUCACAGCUUUAGUAAACAAACUGGACCGAGCAUGCGGCGAAUUGGGCAAGCGACUGGAGGCAAUCAAUCCGCCAAGUGAUUGCAAACACUCCGUUACCCACUGGCCGGUCAACUCGGCUCGCUGCUCUCCGCCAGGACGUGAUGUCCUCACAUGCCAACUUCAUUGA